AUGGCGUUUGUGCUAUCCGACAAUGCUAAGGCCUUCAUCAACACGGCGUUCCUCCUCCUCCUGUGUUUCUUCUUCACCUCCCACAUCCGGUCUCCCACCACCGUCAUCCAUCUCGCAAGCCCUCAGGCUCCCAAGGGAGCUGGAUGCAUUGGGCUCCACAAGCUAAAGGGUCCCCAUUCCAAAUGCCUCUACCUCAAGACCCACUCACCAUGUGUCUUUCAAGGCUAUGUCAACUAUCUCCACGUCUUCUACUGCCUCUGUGGGAGGUACGCGCCUGUAGGGUAUGCCCUCCUAGCCCUCUGGCUUCUGGUGCUCUUCUAUUUGUUGGGCAACACAGCCUCGCAAUAUUUCUGCUCCUCAGUCGAGAGUUUAUCGAAGGUGCUUAACCUCUCUCCCACCAUAGCUGGGGUCACGCUCCUUUCGUUAGGAAACGGCUCGCCGGACGUGUUUGCUAGCAUCGUGUCAUUCCGCUCCGGCUCCGGCGAGGUGGGGCUCAGCAGCGUGCUCGGGGGAGCAUUCUUCGUCUCAUGCGUCGUGGUCGGCAUCAUCAACGUGUGCGCGACGAGCUCGUCGCCGCAUGCAGUCCGCAUUGACCGCUCCAGCUUCGUGCGUGACGUGUGUUUCUUCAUCAUCGUUCUCUCUUCUCUCCUUGCAAUCCUCAUCGUCGGCAGGAUCACCAUCUGGGGCGCAAUGGCCUUCACCUCGCUCUACUUCGUGUACGUCUCCAUCGUGUCGGCGACCCACUUCUGCCGUGAGAAGUAUGAGGACCUUGUCGUGCCGAUCCUCGACCACGAGGAGCUCGGCGAGUCGGUGUCGGUCUCGAAGGAGGCUUCCCCUGCGAGCGGAGAGGAGGAGACCUCAUCAUCAAGUUACCUUCGCCUCAAGGUAACUUCGGUGGCACGCUACCUUCGGUGGAUCUUUUACAUUGUCGACAUGCCUCUCUAUCUGCCGAGGAGGCUGACCAUACCGAAUGUUUCGGAGGAGAGUUGGUCAAGACCAUUUGCGGUGGCUUCAGCUACAUUGGCACCUAUCUUGGUGGCAACCCUUUGGAACUCUAAGAGAGGGGUUUUGGGCUCCAAAGAGGGACUGACCAUCUAUCUCUAUGCAAGCUUGGUGGGAUUCGUCUUCGGUCUCAUUGCAUUCCACACCACCAUGAAGUCGUGCCCGCCAAAGAAGUUCUUGUUCCCGUGGCUAGCAGGAGGGUUUUUGAUGAGCGUUCUAUGGACUUACAUUAUAGCCGAGGAGCUGGUGGGAUUGCUGGUGUCCUUGGGGUACAUAUUUGGAAUAAGCCCUGCCAUUUUAGGGUUGACGGUCUUGGCAUGGGGCAACUCCAUCGGGGACCUGAUAGCGAAUGUUGCAAUGGCCACGAAUGGAGGGCAGGAUGGGGCCCAGAUUGCAAUCUCAGGGUGCUAUGCUGGGCCUAUCUUCAACACAUUGGCUGGCUUGGGGUUAUCCCUGGUGGUGUCAGCUUGGGCAGUGCAUCCCGCUCCCUUCGUGAUCCCUGCGGCGCCGGCGCUGUUUGAGAUACUCGGCUUCAUGAUAGGAGGGCUGCUGUGGGCUCUGGUGGUACUGCCGAGGAAGGAAAUGAAGCUGGAUAGGAUCUUGGGGUUUGGUCUGCUGGCCAUCUACUUCUGCUUCCUAUCCCUGAGGCUCUCUCAGAGCCUUGGGCUAGUGCAACUUUGAAUGUUCCUGUAUUCUUACUUGGUAGAGGUUCAUGUGUUUUUGAAAGGGAUUUUUUUUGUUCUUUCUUAUGCAUGCUCCCUUGUCUGUAUAAAUAAUUAGCUAUAAUUCCUCUAGUUUUAUGCAUGGGUUACUGCUCGCUAUAAGCAUAUUCCCCUAUAAGAUGGCUAGCUUUGUGGUUAGAACUAAUUCCUACCAAAUGGAACCAAGCAAUGCUUUAUGCUU